AUGGCUAAGCGAUCAAAUCCCCGCAAAGCAACCAAGGACGAAUUUACCGAAGCAUUCAACGCACAGCUCCUUCAGGUCAAGGUCCUCCUCCAAUCUCCCGACGAGCCACAAUUUGAGCCCUCAGCGUCCAACAUAUCCGCAGCCCGGCGGUUGGCCGACCAGGCCGUCGCCCUCUCGACCGCCUAUCCAAAACUGCACGCCAAGGCGCACCUGUUCCUGGGCCACGUCCUGUGCGCCGACGGCCGGUGGCUCGAGGCGCACCAGGCGUACGUCAGGUCGGCGUCCAUAUGCCCAGAGGUUGGGCAGCUCACUGCGCAGAUGAUUGCUGCGUACAACCGCGAGGUGGAGGAGGAGAAGGUGCAGAGGCGGGCGAGGGAGGGGAAAGAAUGUGCUGGUGGAUCUUUGGAAGAGCAGAAUGAUCAGGCUGUUAUAACUGAGCCUGAACCGGUUCUGGAGAAUAAUCCCAAAACGAGGCAGGGUCCGCCGGUGCUGAGGAGGGUAAAAGCUAGGUAUUUUGAUUAUGUCCACCCGGACUUUUACUUGGAUAUAUAG